AUGCACUCCCCACGACUCAUCAACCUGGCCAUCCUGGUCUGCGGCCUGGUAUCGCUCAGCCGUGCAUCCGAGUUCAGCCUGGCCAUCCGGGACGACAGCAUCAUCGUCCGCGACGACCUCCUAGACAACCUCCUGGACGGGAGCUCUCCGACGGCGGCGCCCGAGGCCGCGACGACGGACGAGGCCGUGGCCACCACGUCUACGGACGCCGCCGGCUCCUCGAGCGCGGACGCGGCCGCGCCCACCACGACCGACGAGGCAGCCGCGUCCACGACGACGGACAGCUCGGCCGGCUCCAGCACCGAGAGCGCGGCCGCCUCGACGACGACAGACGAGGCCGCCGCACCGUCCACCACGACAGACAAGGCCGCCACGUCGACCGAUGGGGAGCCCAGCACCACCACCACCGCCGCCGCCGCCGACACCACCACCACCACGGCGGCCGAGCAGACGACCCAGGACGGCGCCGCCACCGCCACCACCGCCACGAGCGAUGAGCCGGCCGCCUCGACCGCCGACAGCUCCUCGACCGACGAGGCCGUCAGCACCGGUGGCGGCGGCGGCGGCGGCAGCAGCAGCAGCACGACGCAGAAGCUCAUCGUCUCCACCUCGUUCGCCACGGUGACCAUGACCAACGCCGACGGCACCAAGGAGACGACCACGUCGGCCGACAUCACCACCACCACGCCCAAGACGCAGGACGGCAGCAGCAGCGGCGACGACGGCGACGGCGGCAUGUCGGACAAGACGCGCAACAUCGUCAUAGGCGUCGUCGUCGGCAUCGGAGGCGCCAUCCUGCUCGGCGCCCUGGCCGUCGUCGCCUGGCGCAUCCGCUCCCGCAGGAGGGCGGGCGAGGAGUCGGACACGCUCAUGCCUUACACGGGCGGCUACGCCAGCGUCAGCGACAAGAUGGAGCAGACCUACCAGGGUCACGACACGGCCGGCGGGAGGUCGACGACCAGUCCUAGCCCCUUUCAGUCUACCCUCGAGGAACAUCAUCAGCCUAGCAGGCAUGUCAAUACUUCUGCCAACUUUUAA